CUUAUAUAUAACAAUGAGUUACAUGAGUUACUCAAUUGAAGAAAUAAAUGACGAAAAAUAUAUUCGUUUUUUGGAUCUUAAUCUUUCAUCAAUCAUUCAAAGUUAUUUUCCACGUGAAGAUUUGUUCCAUAAUGCGCUUCCAGCAAAGAAUUUACUAUCCAUUUUGAAUAAUCUUAAAAUUAAUUACGGUUCUUAUUUUCCUGAUUUGAUUAAUUGGAUCGAAAAUCAGUAUAAAGAUGAAAUUAAACUAAUCCGAAUAAUAACUGAAAAAGGAUUUAUUAAAUUUGACAAUCUAGCCCAAUUGUUUCCAAUAGGUCAACAUGUAUACGCUGAAAAAGAUGGAACUAUAAUUGGAGAAAAAGUUACUGGAACAGAAAUAAAAUAUUACAACACCAUCGAACACUUUAUAGUUAAUGUUAAAGCAAUUGAUUCAGGUGGUCACUCAUUUAUUCGUACAACCAAUUCUUACAGAAUUGAUUUCUGGAAAGGCUUACGUAAAAUCAAUAAACUUCCAAUCAUUCCAUUAUUAAAAGAGGAUGAAAUUUACAAUAGAUUAGUAGAACGUGGAAAAAAGUUCAUAAAAUAUGCAAUAGGUCAUCAUUUUCUCCAACAUUCUAGAAAAUAUAGUAAAGGUCGUAUUAUGAUUGAUGUUUCCAGAUAUAAUAGUACACAUUCAGAUUACGAAAAAGGUAUAGAAAUGGAUGGUGUUAAAGAAGAAGAACUCUUCAUGUGUGCAUCUAAACUUCGUGCAUAUAGUUUUACGUGGAAAGAAUGGUAUCGUAUCGAUGUUGAACAAUUAAGCGAAAUAACGUUUGAUGACAAAGCAUUUGAUAAACUUGUUCUUGAUCAAACAAGAAAAAGUCUAAUUGAAAGUCUUGUGAAAUUUGAGUAUAGUAAAACAGAUAUUAUUAGUAAUAAAGGUGAUGGAUGUACUUUUUUGUUACAUGGUCCUCCUGGAGUUGGAAAAACAUUAACUGCUGAAGCAAUUUCUGAGAAACUUCAUCGUCCAUUAUAUAUUGUUAGUAUUGGGGAAUUAGGAACAGAUGCAAAAAAUUUAGAAAAAGAAUUAAGAAAUAUUUUUGAGAUGGCAGAUAUUUGGAAUGCUAUUAUUUUAAUUGAUGAAGUUGAUAUUUUUCUUGAACGUCGAAAUGCAUUUGAAGUUAAACGUAAUGCUCUAGUAUGUGUAUUUUUAAGAUUACUCGAUUAUCAUCAAGGAAUUGUAUUUUUAACCACGAAUCGAGUAAAUUGCCUUGAUGAUGCUUUCCAAACUCGUAUUUCAAUUUUCUUAGAAUACAAAGAACUGGACACUAAAGCACGUGAAACAUUAUGGAGUACAUUCUUGGAAUUUUUAGAUUAUGACCCUAAUAAUAAUGUGAAUGUUAAAAAAUUAAGUGAAAAACAUCAACUAAAUGGAAGAGAGAUUAAAAACAUUGUAAAAUUGGCAAGGGCAUUAAAUAAGGAAAAAAAUGAAUUAAUUACUACAGAAUUACUAGAAAAAAUUAUCAAUAUUUCAAGUAAGAAAACAUUAGAAAAAAGUGCUGAAGGUAAGAAAAAAAGACCCGAAUUGUUAAAUUAGUAUUGGAUUUUAAUUUUUUUCAAUUCUUUUUAGAAACCCAAUCAGAAGGAAAUAAAAGGAAGUCUGGAAUCAAUGACCAGGACAACCAACCAAAUUCGAAGAAAAUCAAAUAAUAACUAGCACAAAUGUAAUUAAAUGUGUACCCUUUGCAUAGUCCUUCGCUGCGCUCCGGACUAA